UACUUGCGUCUUGUGUCUCGUGUUGAUAGAGUUUGCACCCAUGUGGGUUUCGAGUAAUUUUUUGAUUAAGUUUAUAUCAAAUUUCAAAAUAAAAUGAAGGACGGACCUGUUAUUGAAAAAACUCAAAAAGAGAUAACUGCAUCUUUAUUAGAUGCGUUUGAUUUACUUAAAUCUACAAAAGAUGACGUUAAAGUUUUAGGCGGCAUAAAAAUAAUUACGCGGCUUAUUGAAAAUAAGAAUGAAAAAGAUAUACAGUAUGUUUUGAAGCGGUUAGUAAGAAGUAUGGGUGCAAAUAUUCUUGAUCAGCGACUAGGUUAUUGUGCUACACUUGUUAGCUUAAUACAUCAAUUUGAAGAGAUUAAUGUACAACAAUUAUUGGACUUAGUGAAAAAAGAACUUCAUGCAAAUGGCUCAUCAAAGAGUGAAGUAGGGGAUGUGGCCCUGGGUCAGAUAUUAGUUUGUGGAGCUUUAUUUAGAUCCAGUUUGAUGUUAAAAGCUACCCCUGAAGAGCAAAAAGAAAUAUUACACCUACUUCAAGUAGCUGGGAAUAAAAAAUCAUACCUUGGGACUACGGCAUCUAUUAUCUUUUUAGAGUUCAUUAAUAAGCUUGAUGAAGACCAGUUUUCAUCUAUUGUAUGGUCAAAUAUCAAACAGGAUUAUAAGAAAGAUAUUAAGGAGCAUACUUUGGACUCUCUUUAUUUUCUCUUAGUAAUAAGUAGAAAGUUUCCUGAAAAAGUAAAACUUAGGAAGUUAAUUGGGGUGCCAGAAAUAUUGCAUGAAGACAAUAUUUCUGAUAUUUGUGAAAAAAUAAUGACAGGAGUUGAUUUAAAUUCAAUCAACCAUCCUAUUUACAAAGAAAUUGCAACUCUAAUUUCCAAAUCACCAAAUUUGAUGUUAUUCUGGAAUAAAAUUGAUAGUCAUCUUGUAAAACAUAAUAGAAACCGAGAACUAGUAUCAUUAAAUAUACUCAAUAUAAUUUUACUUAACAUUCAAGACAAUGUGACCUUUAUACCUGAUUUGAUAACUGACAAUUUUUUCAAACUAUUUAUGGAUUGGUUUAAAGGGUUGCAAACAGCAAGCAAAAUAAGAAACAAAAGGGAUAAUGAGGAUGAUCAUAAAAUAAUGAUUAAGAAAGAAAAAGAAGUGCUUACAUCUCUUUCAAAAGCAUUAAAACUACCAGAUGUUGAUAGUAAUUUAAGAGUUGCAACAUUAAAGAAACUUUUAUUCAGUCCAGGUGAAAUCAAUUUUACUGAAAUCACAGGUUCUACAGUCAUCAAAUCGACCAUAGCUGAUUUAGACAUAGAUGGCCUAAAGAAAUUGGCUGGAUUACUAAAAAAAGUUCUUAUGAAUACUUCCAAAAAAUUUAUUAAAGAAAAUGUUGAAAGGAACUGGUAUAACAAUGAAAGAGUUAAAGCUGCUGAAAUAAUAUCUUUUAUUGUUAGCCAUGAUGCAAUGAAACAAGAUACUUCUUUUAAAAUAAAUCAUAUGCAAUUGUUGAUGUGUUUUGGGUUCUUCAAAAUUAGCGGUGAUCAAAAUAUUGCUGUUAGUAGUGAAUUAGCAGGUUCCAUAAAGACAUGCUUUUACAGAUGUUUCACAUCUCGUUUUUCCAAUGUUGAUGAUUUAGUUUUAGUCUUAUCAUCACUUACCACAUUCACCUCUAAUAUUAUGAACAAAGAACAAGUUCGUGAAAAACUAGAAAAACAGUUUUCAAAAGAAAAUAUCGAUUGUUGGGAAAUGCUUACUGGUAUAUGUGAAAAAAUUGAGCAAAAUGAUGCCAAAUCAAAAGUCGACAAGGUUUUUCUAAUAUUACUGUAUCAACUUGGAUUAUUUUUAUUUUCUGAACCAUCACAUGUAAAUAUUGCACGGAGCUCAAUAACAGAGUUAAAAAGUUGUUAUGAACACUAUAAAAAAGGAAAGAAAAAAAAAACAGGUAAAAAUAAAGAAAUCGCAGAUGAAGAUGAACCAGAGUGGAUGGAAGUAUUAAUUGAGGUUCUCUUAUCUAUAUUGUCAGUUGAAUCUAGUGUUCUCCGUUCUGUUGUCCAAUGUGUCUUUAGACUUCUUUGGGAAUAUUUAACACCUACCUCAAUGAACCAAAUCAUUUCGGUUUUGGACCCAGAAAGUGAAGCUAACCCACUUAAACAUGAUAGUGAAUCAGAAGAUGAUGAUGAUAAUUCAGAUGAAUCUGACAAAGAAAGUUAUGACGAGAAUAAAGAUAGCAAUGAAACUGACAUGAGUGAUGGUAGUGAUAUAGAAGAAGAAGAUGAAGAGAUGAAAAUACCUGAUCAGUUACGUUUAGCAGUCCAAAAAGCAUUAGGAACGGCAGCUGCUCCUGACACAGACGCCGAAAGUAUAGACGCAGACAUGAUAAGUGAGGGAGAAGGAAAGAAGUUGGACGGAGCUUUAGCUGAAGCAUUUAAACAAUUUCAUCAGGGUAAAAAUAUUAAAACCAAAAAAGACCGUAAAAACAAAAAAGCAUUAUCUGAUUUUAGAAUCAGAGUGUUAGAUCUUAUAGAUAUAUAUCUAGAAAAAGAUCCUGCAAUGGAUAUUUGCCUAGGCAUGAUUGCACCACUUUCAAGGUGUCUCGAAUUUUGUAUGCAGGAUAACCAAUUUAAAGAAUUAGAAAAUAGGGUUAGAAAAACUAUAAAAAAUUUUACAAAAAUUAAAAAGUUUUCUACUGCACAUGACAUUUCAGUUGAAAUAUUGGGUGACUUUUUAAAAUCCAUCAUAGAAAAAGGCGACAGGUCUCAAUUUAUGUAUCAAGCGCUUGGUGAUAUAAUUACUUACUUUUCGAUAUUCAUUAUCCACUGUUCUCAAAAGAUUCCCAUUAAAGUUUCAAAAUCAUCUAAGAAACAAAAAUCACCUAUUAUUGAAACAUUCGAAGAAGCAGUAGAAAAUUACUUUCAAAAUCGUAAUUGCCUGUUGCCUAUCAUUUUCUUUCACAAUGUCUUACAAACAGAAUGGGAUGGAAAAUAUAAUUUAUUGCCAAUAAUCAUUAAAAAUGUCUUUAACUCCAACGUGCGACAAUUUCGUCGCAAUGAAGGCUUAAAUCUGGUAAUUGGUUUCUACCAGGCAUUAAAUAGAUUGAAACCAUCGUCAGAGCAAAUAAUUACUCAAAUUAAUAAAAUAGAGAAAACUUUCAACAGCACAUUUACAGAGUCGAUAAAAUCAGAUAAUAAAAUGGAAGUUACAUCUAAUUUUAUAGCAACAUUAAAAAAAUUGAUCAACAUAAUGAAAAUGUUUCAUGAAAACUGCAAAAUUCCAUCAUGUUUAAAUUUCAAAACAUUGUUAGAUGAUUUGGGAUCAUUAAAAGGUAUUAUUAAAAAUCCAAACAAAAACGAAGCAACUAAUAAACAAAAUGGAGUUAAAAAAACUAAAAAAAAUAAGAAGAAUAAAAGAAAGAGGGAACAAAGUAAUGGUGGUCAAUCAGAACCAGAGGCAAAGAAGGCGAAAGAUUCUUCAGAUAUAGAAUAAUUUUCAAAUAAUAAAGUUAUACUAACUCAUAAUAAAACAUACUUUUAUAUA